GCCCGGGCGCGCGGCGCGGUUGGCUGCGGGCGGCGUUGCCGCGGCGACGCGGCGGCCGUCAAGCGCGGCGGCGGCGUCCGUCGUCAAGCGCGGCGGCGGCGUCGCGCGCGGGGUUGCCGAUUCAUGGCGAUGGCGGCGGCGGGGCUGGUGGUGAACGGGGCGGAGGGCGCGGGCGGGCUCAAGGCGGCCGCCGGGAUGUACGAGCAGCUCAAGGGCGAGUGGAGCCGCAAGAGCCCCAACCUCAGCAAGUGCGGCGAGGCGCUGGGCCGCCUCAAGCUGGCCCUGCUGGAGCUCAACUUCUUGCCCACCACCGGCACUAAACUGACCAAGCAGCAGCUCAUUCUGGCGAGAGAUAUUCUAGAGAUCGGAGCGCAGUGGAGCAUCCUGAAGAAGGACAUCCCCUCCUUCGAGCGCUACAUGGCCCAGCUGAAGUGCUACUACUUCGACUACAAGGACGAGCUGCCGGAGUCGGCCUACAAGCACCAGCUGCUGGGGUUGAACCUGCUCUUCCUGCUGUCGCAGAACCGCGUGGCCGAGUUCCACACCGAGCUCGAGCGGCUCCCGGCCAAGGAGAUCCAGAGCAACGUCUACAUCAAGCACCCCGUCUCCCUGGAGCAGUAUUUGAUGGAAGGGAGCUACAACAAAGUCUUCCUGGCGAAAGGCAACAUCCCCGCCGAGAGCUACACCUUCUUCAUCGACAUCUUGCUGGACACCAUCCGGGACGAAAUCGCCGGCUGCAUCGAAAAAGCCUACGAGAAGAUCCUGUUCACCGAGGCCACCAGGAUCCUCUUCUUCAGCACCCCCAAGAAGAUGACCGAGUACGCCAAGAAGCGCGGCUGGGUGCUGGGCCCCAACAACUACUACAGCUUCAGCAGCCAGCAGCAGAAGCCCGAGGACACCACCAUCCCCUCGACCGAGCUGGCCAAGCAGGUCAUCGAGUACGCGCGGCAGCUGGAGAUGAUCGUCUAGCGGGGCCGCGCAGGACUCGCGGGCUUCCCCGCCUUCCCCCCCCCCCCCUUUUUAUUUGGUGUCUUUUACUCCCGUUACCACCCCCUGCCCUUCUGGUUUUUUGUUUUGUUUUUUUUUUUUUUUUUUUUAACUAUUUAAGGGUUCACUCUGGGCCGGGGCGGGGAGGAGCUGCGAGCAGCCGUGGUGCGGGGGGCUGCGGGGCAGCCAUGUCCCGGGGGGGCAGUGGCGAAGCGCCCUUUUCCGCGGCUCCCCCGGGCCGGUUUUCCGCCCGCUGCUGUCGGCGCUGCGGAGAGACGUGGCGGGAGGGGGGCGGCCGCGUCCCCGCGCCCCCCCGACGUCCCGCGGGCCCCCCCGCCUUGAAUAAAGCCGUGGCUUCUUGUA